AGUGAUUCGUUUUGUUCUUCAUAGAAUUUUGCGGCCGGCCGGGAAAGUGAGGUAUUCGUGAUUUAAGUGAGAAUAAUGGCUGGUUGGUUUUGGCCGGGUGAUGAGAUUCCUCGUUCUUUGUCCGAGCGACACCAAAUCGGUGAGUCCUUCGGAUUGGAUCAGGCGAUCACGAAUGUAUCGAGAUUUGAAAAGGAACUAGAUCUUGCUGAACCCAAUGGCGGUGUGGAUUACGUCUGGAAUGAAUGCAAUAAUGAUCGUUUAUCCGUUCCAAUAUCGAACGUGGAUCAUGGAGUUGUUUUAAAAGAGAAGAAUUUCUUCGCCGAGGAACCUACGUUCGGCGACACCGCGGAAAGGAACGCAUUCUCUAGAAAAAGUGACGAAUCAACUGCGUUCAAUUACAGAAAUCCGGUUGAAAGAUCGAUUAGUUCCGAGGAAACGAAAAUUUCCGCACCGGCUGAUGACUCGUCUAAUAAUGAGCCGGAGACGUCGAAUCCAGUUGUUUCUGCUCCGACUCAGACAUACGUUCCACCGCAAAUCACUGAGGAACAACUCAACAGCACCCCGAUGCUUCAUGCCGGAUCGAAUCUCUGGCGAAUGCAGCAAACCAAAGUGACGUGCCAUGGACACUUGGUCCCUGCCCCUGUUGACAAGAUUUCUGAAACGCAGCUGCAUUCUUUUGUUGCUGAGCGACUCGGGGAACUUGGGUUUGAUGAACUUCUGCCAGUGCAAAAAUUUGGCAUUCCAAUCGGCUUGGCGGGCCGUGACCUCGUCGCAACUGCUCAAACCGGAUCCGGAAAGACGGUGGCAUUCCUGGCUCCUGUGCUGCACUACCUCAUGACGGAGAGACCCGCUUGCGGAUCCGGACGACAAGUGAAGAUCAAAGCCCUGAUCCUCACCCCAACCAGGGAACUGGCUUUGCAGAUUGGAGUGGAGAUCCUCAGAUUGACUCGUGGCAGUGAAAUCAAAACAAACAUGCUUUAUGGCGGCACUUCAGUCAAGCACAUGUGGGGGCAAGUGAGUCGUGGCACGCACAUCCUGGUUGGCACACCCGGAAGGGUCAAGGCACACGUGGACUGGAAGCAGUUGGACUUCUCAGAGUGCCGUUUUCUGGUGCUGGAUGAGGCGGACCAAAUGUUGGACCUGGGGUUUUCUGCCGACAUCGACGUCAUUCUGAAUUCAGCGCAUAAUGGCCAUCGUCAAACCUUGAUGUUUUCUGCAACUUUUCCCGCCAAUGUCAAGGAAAUGGCUGCCAAGUACUUGAAGCCUGAUCACGUCUUCAUGGCCGUGGGUGUGGUUGGCGGUGCAAAUGAAGAUAUCCAGCAAAAAGUUGUGCAGGUUCCGCGCGGAAAGAAGAUGGACACGCUGUUCCAGGUUUUGUGUGAUCAUGAAGGGCAAUCCGGUAAAACAUUGAUAUUCACCGCCACGAAGAAGACCGCGGAUUUUUUGGCCUUGCGUCUGAGCGCAUCGAAAUUCGUGUCGACGUCCAUUCAUGGGGACAGGUGUCAGGAGGACAGGGAAACGGCCAUGAGACACUUCCGCCUCGGAGAUGCCCAGUAUUUGGUUGCAACUUCAGUGGCGGCGCGAGGCCUGGACAUUCCGGAAGUGGCACAUGUCAUAAAUUAUGAUUUGCCCACGAACAUAGACGAGUAUGUUCAUCGCAUCGGGCGAACAGGUCGCAUUGGGAAUGCUGGGAAGGCGACGAGUUUCUUCGAUCCUGAGAAGGAUUAUGGUCUCCUCAAUGACUUGGUCAAUACUUUGGCUGCUGCCAAUCAAGAAGUUCCAGACUUCUUGCAAAGCGGGGACAGAAAUUACAAUGCUGUUGCUGAGCCAGUGAAGGAAGAUCUGUGGUAGAUCUCAUAUGUUCUCGACGCAACAGUUUCUUUCGAAGAUUGAAAUGUCACGAGAAAUUCGUUGGUUGUGCUUUAUUUGUUUGCUUUCCUGCGUUGAUUUGCACAACAAUAUUCUUUCAUAAAAUGAUCGAUUGAUUGAUUGAAGGGGUCGGUUAUUACAUUCAUGUAAGGAGAUCA